AUGGAGUCCAACCUGCAGGGCCCGUUCCUGCUGAGCAGCACGCCGCUGGCUCAGUUCCCGGAGGUGAAAGGCCCUGUGUGCCAGUACUCUGCGCAGGACUCUUUCUACAAGCUCAGCCCCCAGGGGCUGGGCCCCCAGCUGCCCGCCGGCACCCCGCACGGGAUCACAGACAUCCUCAGCAGGCCCGUGGCCGCGCCGAACAGCAGCCUCCUCUCCGGCUACCCCCACGUGGCCGGCUUCGGUGGGCUCGGCUCCCAGGGGGUCUACUACGGUCCCCAGGUGGGGAAUUUCUCCAAGGCGGGGAACGAGUACCCCACCCGGACCCGGAACUGCUGGGCGGACACGGGCCAGGACUGGCGAGGUGGGCGGCCAUGUGGCAACACCCCGGACCCCCUGAGCGACAGCAUUCACAAGAAAAAGCACACCCGGCCCACCUUCACGGGGCACCAGAUCUUUGCCCUGGAGAAGACCUUCGAGCAGACCAAGUACUUGGCGGGUCCCGAGAGGGCGCGGUUGGCAUACUCGCUGGGGAUGACCGAGUCGCAGGUCAAGGUGUGGUUCCAGAACCGGAGGACCAAGUGGCGGAAGAAGAGUGCCCUGGAACCCUCGUCCUCCACGCCCCGGGCCCCGGGCGGGCACCGCGCGGCCUCGGAGAACGAUGACGACGAGUACAACAAGCCGCUGGACCCCGACUCAGACGACGAGAAGAUCCGGCUGCUGCUCCGCAAGCACCGCGCCGCCUUCUCGGUGCUCAGCCUGGGCGCGCACGGCUGA